AUGUCUGCACGAGGAAAACGCAGUCGUGUUUUGCCAGCUCGGUUUGCAGCCAAACCUUUCAGCCUGCAGACCUUUGGCACUUUUGGCAUGCAGGCCAGAGGGUGCUUCAGAAAGUUGCACAUCUUGGACGAUGACUUUUUUCAUGAACUCCCAGAAACUUUUCCAUCUGAUCCACCUGAGCCUUUGCCACAUUUCCUUAUUGAGCCUGAAGAAGCCUAUAUUGUGAAGAAUAAGCCUGUGAACCUGUACUGUAAAGCAAGCCCUGCCACCCAGAUCUACUUCAAGUGCAAUAGUGAAUGGGUUCAUCAGAAGGACCACAUAGUAGAUGAGAGAGUAGACGAAACUUCCGGUCUCAUUGUCCGGGAAGUAAGCAUUGAGAUUUCACGCCAGCAGGUGGAAGAACUGUUUGGGCCUGAGGACUACUGGUGCCAGUGUGUGGCCUGGAGCUCAGCGGGCACCACCAAGAGCCGGAAGGCAUAUGUGCGCAUCGCAUUCCUCACAUUAUUUUCUGAAAAGCAGCAGGUGGAAUGGUUGAAAAAUGAAGAUAUAAUUGAUCCUAUUGAAGAUCGGAAUUUUUAUAUUACUAUCGAUCACAACCUCAUCAUAAAGCAGGCCCGCCUUUCAGAUACUGCAAAUUAUACCUGUGUCGCCAAAAACAUUGUUGCCAAGAGGAAAAGUACAACUGCAACUGUAAUAGUCUAUGGUGAGUGA